AUGCGAUGUAUGAAAUACGAUUCAGCACUACAGUGUACAAGAUGUUGUACGGCGACGGUACGACGAUCAGUGCCGUUGGAAGAGCCGAUGGAGUCAGAAGAGGCCCAGCUGUCGAAUAUUUCGACCAGAACGCUGGAACGACUGCUACAGACAUUGGGCGAAGAAAGGGAUAGGAAGUACUUGAAGUUGAGGGCACAAAGGAAGCGGUUGCAACGGUUACAGCAUGAAACGCUGACUGAUAUUGUGGAGAACGUGCUGGCUAGACGGAGGGUCUAA